AUGAAGGUGAUACCUACCUCAUCCUCUCGGAUUGUAGACUGCGGGACAAAAACCGCCUACUUAGAAUACAUAGCUAGACGAGGAGGGGGAUAUACCCAAAGUUGGGUAUGUGUUGAAAAGCCAACCAUUAUCCCAGUGUCAGACGAUGGCAAACCGGGCCCUUGCCCAACAGAAUGCAAGGUAGCUAGUCAGAUGCACUCUAUCUGCUACCAGGACGCCCAGCAAUGUACGCAUGUAGACGGGAAACAAUAUCUCACUGCGAUUCUCCAGCGAACUUACAGGGGGUCAUCUGGGGGAGAUUGGGACUUUACCUCAGGGCGGUCCUCCAAGUAUAGUCAGGCCUCCUGUGUGGGGACGGUAGGAGAGCCCCUCUGCUGGCCCGCAACGGCCCCGAUACACAUAUCCGACGGAGGAGGGCCCUCGGACCAAGUCAAGGAAGAGAUAGUGAGGACAAAAAUUGAAGAAAUUAUUAGGACAAGGUACCCCCCCUUAAAUUACCAUCCCUUAGCACUCCCGAAGUCCAGGGGCCCCGACCCAGAUGUACAGACCAACAGGAUUCUAGCGGCCACGCAUCGGGCCCUGAACCUUUCCAACCCUAAAUUAGCAGAGGACUGCUGGCUAUGUAUGACCCUUGGGACCCCUAUGCCGCUAGCCAUCCCACCUAUAAACUCUUCGGUAGUAGAGGGAGGGAACUGCCCAAUCAGCCCCCCUUUCAGGGUCCAACCUGUUGGAUUCAAUACAUCUGCUUGCUUUCAACGGUUACCUAUCAACAACAGCUUUGAUUUAGAUGUAGGUUUUAUAACUUUUACUAAUUGCUCUAGCUUAACUAAUUAUUCCCAAUCCCUUUGCCCAGCCCCUGGGCAGGCCUUUGUCUGUGGGGGAAACAUGGCCUACCCUGCUCUCCCUGUAAACUGGACAGGCCUCUGCAUAACAGCAGCCAUUCUCCCAGACCUUGACAUAAUCCCAGGGGAUGAACCUGUACCCCUACCCCACCUGGAAUACAUAGCGGGUAGGAGUAAGAGAGCAGUUCAGCUUGUGCCCCUUCUUGUAGGGCUAGGGAUAACGGGGGCAGUUGCUUCAGGAACUGCCGGUCUGGGAGUUGCAGUAGAGUCUUACAGGAAGUUGUCAAAUCAAUUAAUUGAUGAUGUCCAAGCUCUAUCUGGGACCAUAAACGACCUUCAAGACCAGAUAGAUUCCCUAGCCGAGGUAGUCUUGCAGAAUAGAAGGGGUUUAGAUCUCCUGACUGCAGAGCAAGGGGGGAUUUGUUUGGCCCUACAAGAACGAUGCUGUUUCUAUGCCAACAAAUCGGGGAUAGUCCGAGAUAAGAUCAAAACGCUACAGGAGGAUCUAAUUAAGCGAAGGAAGGAACUCCUAGAUAACCCCCUGUGGUCGGGACUGAAUGGUUUCCUCCCCUAUCUACUCCCCUUGUUGGGACCUCUGGCCGGACUCCUCAUCAUCUUAGCAGUGGGACCCUGCGUCUUCCGUGCCCUAGUAAAUAUGAUCCAGUCCAGAACACAGGAUUUGCGAAUUAUGCUCCUCAGUACCUAUUACCAGCCCCUGCCAGGGGAAGAAGGAGAAGAAUCAAGGAUUUGAUUCUCCGUUAAGACUAGUAGGGAAUGAGAGCCCCCAUCUUAGGGUAGGAGGGGAG